AAUAUUAUUAUUCCAUCUCAAAUUUCCUCCUCCCUACCCGAAAUGAUAACAUACACACAUUAACUAACAUACGUAACAACAUUAACUCAUCUCCACAAAAAAGUGAUCUGUGUUGCAGAAGAAUUCGUGUUCGAGUUACACGGCCGUCGUGGAUGUGAGCAUUUCCUGCCCGGGUAAAAUCUCCAAAAUCAAAGACAAACUUAACUUUUUGUACCAAUAUUGUGUUAUUCUGUGGCAAAAUAUUAUUAUUCGCUCCCUACAUACUUAAUAGCAGUUAAUUAGCGAAUAAAUAGACAAUGACUGCGUGUGUGUAGUGUAAUCGUUCGUUCGUUAAUUAUUUUUAGCCACAAGUUCCUCACACAACACGCCCAGUAAAAAAAAACUCUGUGUUCUCCAAGCUUUUUUAUACGUAAAAAAUUCAACCAAAUUAUUAAUUGUCAGUCUUCAUUAAAUCUAGUGCAACAAGUAUUUUCUAGUUUUUUUCUACUACCUGUGAAAAUAAGCCUUACACUUUUCUACUUAUCAUCUUCGUCGGACGGAAAUUGGGGGUAUGGAAUAAUAUGGAUUAGUUUGUUGGUAAUCAUCAUCCUUUUUUGUAUUCCUGCUGGAACAUGGGAAUGAGAACGAUUCGUUUCACACGCCCGUUAUUAAAAACCAAUCGAUCUGAUAAGCAAGGAUAACGACAGAGCAGAACGGGACGGGGAAAAUAUGACCUGGCUGACUGGACACAUGGAAAGACCACUUAAAAAAAGAGUUUUUAUACUAGGAAAUGAUAAUACUGAUUAAAAUAAUAACGACGUGUUUUUAUUACCUACUACUGAACAGUAAAUACAUAAAUAUGGUGGUUUUUGGGUGGUCAUUCCUCGAUGAACUGGUCAAAUAUUUUGUCCAGACAAAGACAACGCUUGUAAAAAAAGAAGCCAACAUUUAACUGUUUAAUCGAUGAAGAACAUAUUGCAAGGGAACAUUAAAGACAGGACGACAUGCAAAUGACAAGAUAACUUGAAUGACUGGAAAAUUGUAUGUCAGCAGUCAUAUAAAAUUCACUCAUAACAUUUUCCUUAAUCUCCCAACCAAACCAAACCACCAACUAUUUUAAUGAAGACAUCAUAUUAUUAGCGAGACGGACAGUAAUUAAUUCCAAGUUAAAUUUAACUACAUAUAGUUUGUUAGUUGUCCAUCCGUCUCGUCAAUUUUUGACAUUUUGGAGGUUGUGCGUUAAAAAGUAGUGCCUGGAUUGCGAUACAUGUGAAUACUGUGUAGUUAGUUAGUUAGCUAACUGCGCGUGAUGUUAACCAGGACCAAGAAGAUUUAACUACUUUUUUAAGAAGAAGAACAUUCUGCCGACAAGUCGAUCAGUCAACAACACAAUCUUUCUUUACCUUUUAUACUACGAAGAUAAACUACGAGUCGAUUUUUUAGACCAGAUUUUCACUUAAACUUGUUGGUUCGUGUUCCUUUAUACUUAAAAUACUUGACUUAUACUCGGACCGGAAGUGAGGUACACACCUUAUAAUACAAAAUAAAUCCUUCCCUGUUUCGCCUUAAUAAGUAGAAAAACAACUAGUUUAAGUACAUACGCGGGUAAAUGCCUUGUGCUUAUCGAGAAAUUCAACUGACAAGAAGAGAGGAAAAUUGAAUACGAGGACGACGACGAAUUUUUAACACUCAACACUUACAAAAGUGAGAUUACUACAAAAAUUCACAAUUUAUACUCAUAAUAAUAAAGAAAAGAACCAAAAAGUGCUAUAAAUUAAAUAACCAAUUAAUUAACAACUGCCUCCUCGCUAGUCUGAAAAUUUGCAAAAGUGCAAUUACUAUUUUUUAGUAUACAACUGCAAUGGUAAUAAAUAAUUCGUUAAAUUUGUCAUCUAAUAAAACGUCUAUGCAAUCCACGAGGCCAUUUUAACUACAAAUGGAACAAUGAACACCAUUUAUAAUUAGAAACAUUACAGGUCAUCGCAGAUUUUUAUCUAACAACUUUUUUCCAUCUCCUAAAAUGUUGUGACCAGUGAAAUUACAAAUCCUGAACAAAUAAUAGUAAUGUCAUCCUUAAAAAAGUGCCUACUUCAUCUCGUCGUCGUCGUCUUUGUCGCCAUACUAAACUGACCCCACACUCAUGAUGGAAGAAGCGGACAAAACCGGCGAAAGUGAUUUUUCUCCUGGUCAAACUAAUCCCACUGUUUCACUCCUGCCAUUACCAACACCGUUUGGGGACCAUUUAUCGUCAAAAAAGAACAAGAAACGUCGCGGAUUCACGGCACGAUUUUCGUCAUCGUCACGGUCGAAAUCUUCCUCUUCUAAGUCACCCUCCUCCAGCUCAGUGUCAACAACAACGUCCCCACUGCUCGUCACACCAAGUCCGAUCGUCGCAGCGGAAAUGGAGGGGUCAUCAACCUGUAAAAAGACUUCCCCUGGCACGACACCUCCCUUGGCGGUGGAGGAAAGCUCGGGAUCCUCAGGGGACGAUGAUUCCGGUCGUGGUGGCGAAAAUAAAGACGUCCCUGGACAAGAUUUCCGCCUCAAGAGGAAGGUUUCCGUUAAUUCGAACAAGGAUAAAAACAUGACAUGUGAGAAAGAGGGCUACUUGAUGAAACAAACGUCCUCCUUUCAACGUUGGCAUAAACGCUAUUUCAAAAUUCUUGGGAAAAAGCUGCUCUACGGGAAGGAUGAAAAGUCUCAAAUAUUUGAAGAAGUCGACCUGAGUGAAGUCACGAUUGCCGAGAGUUCCUCAAAAUCCUGCAAAAAUAGUUUCCAGGUGAUCACGCCUCAUCGGACGUUGCACCUCGGGACGGAGAAGAGAUCAGAUAUGAUUUCUUGGACCAAAGCGAUCAAAGCAGCAUCUGAGAAGAAAGCGUUAAAUCAGGUCGAGUUGGAAAAGUUAUUCAUGCUUCUGACAUCGCACAACUGGUCGGUGGUGUCCCACACGCUCCCCACGUACUGCAACGUUUGCAGGGAUCAACUUUGUGGUAUAGCUUCGUCCGGUUUGAGUUGUGAGAUAUGCAAGUUGAAGUCCCACAAGAGGUGCGCCAUCCAAGUGACCGUCGAGUGCAAGUGGACCAGCUUUCCCACCAUGGAAAAAUACUCCUUCGUCGAUGAGGACAGGGAGGUCAACAUGCCGCACCAAUGGCUGGAAGGGAACCUGCCCUUGGCCUCGAAAUGCCGCGUCUGUUCGAAAGGGUGCGGCUCUGUUUUACGUCUCCAAGACUGGCAAUGUCUCUGGUGUGACACCACGGCUCACAACGUCUGCAAAUGUCGCGUUCCUCCCUCCUGUCGUCCCCGCCUCCUCUCCGUCGUUCCCCCCUGGGCAUUGCGCGGGCUGGACUUUGACGCGUCCUGGUUAGCACCGCCACCCCUCCGCGGCGCCUCCCCGCUCCUCGUCUUCGUCAACUCCAAAUCCGGGAACAACCAGGGGCUCUCUUUGCUCACUCGAUUUAAACAGCUACUCAACCCUGUUCAGGUUUUCGACCUCCUUACCGACGGACCCACCUUGGGGUUACAACUCUUCAAAAAUUUCCAAACUUUUCGCAUCCUUGUCUGCGGUGGGGACGGGAGUGUCGGCUGGGUCAUGGCGGAAGUCGAUCGCCUCAGCUUACAUAAACAAUGUCACAUUGGAAUCCUUCCCUUGGGGACGGGUAAUGAUUUAGCGCGUGUGCUCGGGUGGGGCGCCUCCUUUCCGGAUGAUGCUCACUUAUCCACCGUUCUGCUUCGGUAUGAACGAGCCACGACGAAAAUGUUGGAUCGUUGGGGCGUUCUGAUUUUCGAGCGAGAUUCCUCCUCCCGUCUCAGCUUUGUGAAGGAGAUGGGUCCCCUGGACGAGAAGGACGAGGAGAACAAUUCUCGUCCACGACGCCGCUCCUCCUCCCACUCGCCCUCCCCGCAGGAAGCCGCCCUCCUCUCCCAGUACGAAACCACCAUCGUCACGCAGUUGAGGGCAGUCUCCAAGCCCAAUCUCAACCGUGAAGAGGCCCUCGAGUCGGGCAGACAAUUGUGCGAGGCGGUGAAAAAAUUGGUGGCGAGCAUUGGGACGACUGCGUCUUCCUCCGUUUCUGCCGAGGUGGAGGCAAACUGUGGCAUUAUGACGGAUAAGAUGAACCUCUUGCUGCAAACGGUGGAGAAUUUUGAAGACGAGGAGCCACUCGUGACGACCACGGACGAUGGGGUGCAGGGGGGCGAAGAGAGUUCCACGGACAAGAAACAUCACGCCGUUCUCGAACGGGCCAACAGUUUGGAGAAAGCGCUGUCUCGCGUGAUGCAGAGCAGUUCGAAGAGUCGUCGUCGCAGCGGUGGCGGUGUCCGUCGCCACGUGAGAAUAGCAGGCAACGGAGGUUUGGGUGCGGUGACAAGCACGUCAAAAAUCGAUCUCUCUAACGUACAACGUUCCCUGGAAGACUGUUCCAAAAACGGAAACGGAUGGUCCAACCAAGACAUUGCCAGCACGAGUUCAUCUGCCGCCGAGAGGACGGCGAGACGGUCUUUCAGCUACAAAUAUGCGUGCACCCACUCGCACGAGGAUGACGAUGGACUGCUGGACGGGGAGGAGGAAGAAGAGGACGACAUUUCAGAAGAGCUUGCAGCCAUCGGUUGCGCCGGAAGAGUACAAACUUCUGCGAUACAUUUACUCAAUAAGCAUCCCACGAUUGAGAUCGAGUCCCCCUCGACGUCCUCGUCCCCACUCAAAACACAAAAUGAUUAUGAUCUCAGCGAGACGGAUCUCGACGUGGAUAUUUCUCUCGGAAUGGAGCAAGGUGGGAGCAACAUGACGUUGGACGAGUCACCCUCGCCGGAUUGUAGGGCACCCUGCAAUUCGGGAAGUGGGAGCAGUCUUGCACUGCCACCCGGAAGUCUCCUCCUCCCGAGGGGCGCAUCGCCCCGAGCUUCCCGCCGCGUCUCGACCGGCUCUCUCCUCAAACCGACGGACAGUGGGGAGUGUUCUCCUACGGGAACGUCGUCCUCUUCCGCCGCCUCAGCCCCACCCUCACCGCACAAGACGGGGAAAAAGGGGAGAAAGUUGGCUGGGUCUGCGUCCGCUUUUAAGAAGAAGACGCUCCCCAUUGUGAACCCACUAUUGAUUGAGCCCUCCUGGUCGGACCACUCUUCCGCGGGGGCUGGGCUCGGCUCGGGGGGAUUCAUUGGGAGGGCACUCAUCCAAAAUGUGGACACCAUUUGUGCAGUGGCAAGUCCUCUUAUGGACAUGGAAGAGCAACUCGGGAGCGGAUUUAAAGAGCGGUGCGUAAUGAAUAACUAUUUUGGUAUCGGGAUCGACGCCAAAAUCACGCUUGCUUUCCACCUGAAACGUGAAGAACAUCCGGAGCUUUGUGGUAGCCGGAUACGCAACUUCGUCUGGUACGGGAUCCUCGGGGGGAGAGAAUUUAUGCUCAAAAGCUGUCGAAAUCUGGAACAGAGAGUGAUCCUCGAGUGUGACGGGCAACGCAUUUUCCUCCCCAGUUUGCAAGGCAUUGUUAUCCUGAAUAUUCAGAGUUUCAUGGGCGGGACGAAUUUUUGGGGCGGAUCUGAAGCGGAUUCCUCCUUCCUCGCGCCCUCCUUUGAUGACCGUAUCCUUGAAGUGGUUGCAGUUUAUGACGUCAUGCAAAUGGCAGCUUCUCGCGUAGUGCACAUCCGACAUCACCGAAUUGCUCAAUGUCACUCUGUGAAGAUAACGAUUUUAGGGGAUGAUCCCCUCCCAGUGCAGGUUGACGGCGAAGCGUGGCUCCAGGCGCCCGGUGCUAUCCAAAUCGUGCACAAAAACCGGGUCCAAAUGAUGUGCAGAAAUCGGGAGUUGGAGUUCUCGUUGAAGGCUUGGGACAAAUUGUGUGAACAUCAAGCCAACGGAGGCGGUGGGUCGGGUAGCAGUAGCAGCGGUGGGAAGGGGUUUCUCCUCGGGAAGAAGGGUGGAAAGAAGUCUUGGAACAACCGUCGCAGUGUCAAGAAGUCCGGGAGGAGACCGAUGAUGGAAACGGGUGAUACGGGUCCUUCCUCACCCUCAUCGCCGCACUCUUCAGGAGGAGAUGUCGCCUCCUCAUCCACAGAGGCAUUCGUACCAGAUAACACCGGAGGUGACCCGAGCAGGAAUGGAGAAGAUGGAAAAACAGAAGAGUGAGAAAGUCUCAGGAUGCCCAAGAAGAGAAAAGUUCUACUGUCUACUUUCUCCCUUCUUCUCCUCAUCCUUCUGAAAUAGUAUGCUAUUGUGCCACACAAUUUCUGUGGCACACUUAUUUCUCUCUCUAUCUCUCCCUGUCUUAUCAUACACUCAAACUCUCUGAAUGACAACGUUUCCCCCGAAAACUUGAACGUUCUUUAUUCAACUUUCCUCAUUCUCUUCUGCGAGGACAAGACGAGAAUGGGACGAGUUUAAUCCUUGAAAAUGUAAUGCUACGACUCAACUCAACUCAACCAGAAAAAACACUUGACAAGUUUCUCUCCUCAUCCAUCGAAGCAUACGCCGUGAUGAGAUUAAUUAUUAAGAAGACAACCCGAACCCGCUCCUAUCGUGGUCGUCGUCGUCGUCAUUUUAAUCGUUGAAUUUCCUGUCUCGUACCGAACAUGUGCUAGAUUUAUUUAAAUAUGUACAAGUGUGCUCACUCGCUUGCAUGGAUAUAUGUCGUCCUUUAUGUAAUUCUGACUGAACUCGUCAAUGGAGGUGAAGAAUCUCGUGGAUCGAUUUGUUAUAUAUAUUUAUUUAUUUAACUGUAAAUGUACCGUCGUUCAUUCCACGUUAAAUUCUGCUCUACUCUCAUCAAUUAAGUGUAAAUAAGUAAAUCGUGUCGUGGUAAAUUUUAAGGAUUGCAUGUCUCGCGAAAUGUUGGUGGCUUUGAAAUGGAACUGAUUUUAGCAAUGUGGGCAAUAAUACUGCUUGAUAACAGAUUUUUAAAAAUGCUUGGAUUGAAAAAGAUGACGCAAUAUUGAAAGAGAAUUAUUACAAAAGAUGUAUUACAAACUAGGAUAUGUAAACUUUACCUGUAAUUAAUUUAUAUCCACUGUACAAAAUCCGUUGUUGUCGUUCGAAAAAUGAAAUAGUCAGGCGGAGAAGAAGAGAUUUUUUUCCUGAUAACACAAAAGUAGGAAAAAGCAAACGUGAGAAAGACACGAAAUUAUCAAUCUUAAAACAACACAGUUAUUGUACUUUCUCCAUUAAUUCUCUCUCUCUCUCUGCAUGCAAAAAAAUGCCAAGUCAAAAAAAACCUUGUUCGUAACUUUCGCCGUCUUGUCAAUAUGUCCAAAUAUUUGGUAAACAUGUGAGAAAGGAAGAAAACGAAACCAUUCUGGCCAAAGAAAGCUGAACUUACAAAAAAAUUGUGCGAAAACAAAAACAAAAUUUGGAUGAUGUGCGUGCGUUUAUACUUGAACUUGCGCCAAAAGUUGCGUUAAAAACUGUGGCGCAAGUUACAAAGUAUAAGCACAACAACCUAAUACAUAAAGUGCUCCUCUUCUUCUGGUCUUUUGAAAAGAUAGAAAUGCGUACCAAAAAUUCAGAAUUGUAUAACUCUCUCUCUCUGAGAUGCACACUUUUUUAUGUAUCUAUGUUGUAAAAGUUGUUGAUUUUUUGUCAAUCAAAACUACUGUACACAAAAAACUAUUUACCAUUUUAAGAAACGAAAUUCUGGAAUAUUUGUCAUGUCACAAAACAAUUAAUUUAGUUAAUUAUGUACCAGAUGAGCAAAAUACCGAAGAAACAAGUAACAAAACAAAACGACAUUAUUACGUAAUUUUUAAUUAUUUUAUUUACACAAAAGAUGGGAACCAGUUUUUUAUAAUAAUUUAAUUUGUAACUGCACAAAAAUUUUUAGCAGGAUUUUUCGUUAGUUUUUAGUCCUAUUUUUCCGCGAACUAUGUAAAUUAUUAUGUGGAUCGUAUUCAUAAAUGUGUAACAAUAAAUUAAAUGGAGGGGUAAAAA